AUCAACAAUAAUUAAAACUGUAUUUAUGUAAUAAUUAUAAAUAUAUAAUAUUAAAUUAUGUUAAAAAUGACCAAUCAAUUAAAAAGAUAUCUUUUUUGGUUUGCUCAUGAACAUGUUGAUUUUCGGUUGGCUGAAAUGGAAUCUAUAUUUGAUAUGUUUAACAUUAAUCUAUCCACAGUGACCAGGCCAAAAGAACAUCCUUACUGGAUAGUGGAUUUACCUGAUGAAAAUGUUGUACAUAAAAUUGCUAGUAGAGCUGUCUCAUUACGUUUCUGUUUGGAAUUAUGGGCACAAGGUAAAAAAAAAGAAGAUUUACAUAAUUCUUUGAAAGCUUACUCAGUCAGAAAUUCAGACAUUUUUAUUGGAGACAGAAGGUCAUUCAAGAUAGUAGUGGAAACUUUUUGCAAACAUUUCUCACAAUGUGAAAAAGUAGAAAAAAUUGAAUCUUUCAGUUAUCUACCUCUUGAAGGGCCAGUGAAAUUGAAAAAUCCAGAUGUUACUUUGUGCUAUAUAGAAUAUUAUGGACUUAAUCCUAAUGAAAUUCCAGAGGAGCCAUAUGAACAUUUCUUCGGAAAAUGGAUUGCCGAUGGUCAGCGAGAGUUAAUUCAAAAGUUGUCACUAAAAACUAGGAAAUUUAUAGGAAAUACAUCAAUGGAUCCCCAGCUGUCGCUGAUAAUGGCGAAUCAGGCGCAAAUUAGAAAUGGAGAUGUAGUUCUUGAUCCGUUUGUGGGAACCGGCUCUUUGUUAGUUGCCGCGUCUCAAUUUGGAGGAUACACAUUCGGAACAGACAUCGAUUUUUUAAUGCUUCAUGGCCGUACGAGACCUACGCGAAUAUCGCAAAAGACGAGGGAAAAAGACGAAAGUAUUGCAGCGAAUAUGCGUCAAUAUGGAAUGAGUUCCCAUUAUCUCGAUGUCGUAGUGGCAGAUUUUUCGUAUCCAUUGUGGCGAGUAGAUUUACGGCUAGAUGCUAUUAUGACAGAUCCACCUUAUGGUAUAAGAGAAGCUACAGAACGUAUAGGUACUAUGAAGAUAAAUCCAGUGAUAGAAGAACAUCAAGCAACCUCUCAUAUUCCUUCGAAAAUUGAUUAUGGUUUGAAUCAGAUAUAUAAAGAUUUGUUGUGUUUCUCCGCGAGACAUUUGAAGCUUGAUGGUAGACUGGUGUGUUGGUAUCCGUUAUUUAGAGACCAGUACACUGAAGAUCAGUUACCAGCGCAUCCUUGUUUAGAAUUGGUGGCCAAUUCUGAGCAAGUGUUGAGCAAUUAUACUAGUCGAAGAUUAUUAACUUAUAAAAAAUUUAGAGAGCCAGAGACAAAUGACGAAAGUAUUAUUAUGAACUUAACUGACUUCCGUGAAAAAUACUUCGCAUUACGUGAGGAAACGAGGAAGGAUAAGCGAAUGAAAAAAGCUACAGAAAGAGCGAGAAGACGAGAAAAUUGGGAACGUAGUAAUAAAGAAUCUACUGAAAGAUGACUGUAGAACUAUUUUAUAUAGAAACAAAUAAAAAAUAUUUUAAUUUUGUA